AUGGGCUCGGCAAUCACCUUAGAAGAAGAACAACUCUAUCUCCAAACUCGGUCAGAUGGAGUUCGGAAAUUAGUUAAGGAUGGAGCAGGAAAGAGGAAUCGUGCACAAAAAGUAAAACCAACUGCGCUUUUCCACUUUCUAAAUUUUUUAACCAAAAAGAAUGAGGACAGCAAACAGGAAAAAUGUCCGCCUGACAAUAUCCUAUUACUCAAUGCUGUUGGACAGAUUUUUGAUUUGUGCGCGGAAUGGGUGGGAGGAGGUUCGGGGGUGUGGGAUGGAAAGGACUUGGGAGGGAUGCGCGAUCACUACCAAUGGACUGUUUCUUCCGCAUCUGCGCCAAUGAGUUGUAGUAGUCAGUGCAAUAGAGGAUAUGAAGAUAUAGGCAGAUAUCAGGCACAGUCAUCAUUGUCGACAUUGUCAACUAGUGUCAUCAUUAUAGUGUCCUAA